AUGUUAUAUUUAGAAGAACGACAUAUUAUCCAUCAAAAGUUAGCAGCAAGAAAUUGUUUAAUUGACGAAGAUGAUACACUUAAAGUUGCUGAUGUUGGUGUACCUCAUUUAACUGAAAUUGAUUCUCUCGUUCAGAUGUUUGGAGGUAUAGCUCUUUGGGAAAUUUAUUCAUUUGGUGAACGACCAUUUGGUAAUAUGACUCAUUGUGCUUUACAAAUUGUUUCAAAAAAUCCAUCGGAAAUUCUUAGUCGAUAUCUUCCAAAAUCACGUCAUUGUGGUUCAGAUGAAAUAUAUACACAUAUUAUUCUUCCUUGUUUAAUAAAUAGCGUUACAAUGCGACCACGUUUUCGUGAUUUAAAACAACGUAUUUUAGAUAUUCUUGUGAACGAAAUAUAA